CACCAUCGCUGCUACUUCCAGAAAAACGCUACCUGUAGUAAUAUUAUUUCACCCAAGGGCGGCCUGAAGUAGUUGAUGAACUCAGGUUAUGUUUGCUUUGAGCAUCACGCAACAGUAAACCUACCGGGAGGACCUAGUGUUUGACGUGUGACACAAUGUCAAAAUUAGCUUUUACUGUCAUAUUUGUUAGCGUGGUCUGCGUAGUUUGCGAGGAGUCGAACACGUUUACAGAAGAGCUACUCAUUAAGCCCCUGGCGUCUGGGCAUAUCCAAUCUCACUUCGAAUUCACAACGAGGUGGAGUGGACCAGAGAUUGAAUGGUCCAUUGAGAAUUACAGAGAUUUUGAAUUUGCUCAUUAUGAUUUGUUUCCUCGAGCCCUUGGAGAAAUUAUUGAAGCAUAUCAUGUUCGAGAACUCCACCUGAGUUUAACGCAGGGAUUAUGGCGGCAUCGUAUGUGGGGAUAUCCAGUGAUUGAUGCACCACCUGGUGCUCAGCUCUGGGUUUGGUUUAAUCCCAGUGUAAACAACUUAGAUCAGACAUGGAGGGAUCUUGUAAAUGCAUUAAGUGGACUUGUUUGUGCAUCGUUAAAUUUUAUUGACUCCACAAACACAGUUUCUCCAGAACUGAGUUACAGACCACAGGGACUUGCUGAAGAAUGGUAUUCAUCCAAUUCGUCAUACUUGCGAUAUGCUGCUCUUCCCAGAGAAAAUGUCUGUACUGAGAAUCUAACCCCAUGGAAGAAACUUUUACCCUGUGAUACCAAGAGUGGACUUUCAAUGCUUCUCCACCCAACACCACUGUACACUGCGCAUUAUCAUGCUUUAUCAAUCCACCUACGGCCUACUUGCAAAGACAAAGAAUGUACUUCAUCACAACUUGAAUUAGUCCAGGCAUUAUCUCUUGUUCAGGACCCCACAGUAUCAAUGAAUGGACACCAGGACUGGAGUUUGCAUCACCUAUUUUCAGCUCCUCUGGUUUCUGUGUGUCCUUUGGCUUCAAAAUCUAUGAUAUAUGUGGAUGUAACCAGUAAUGGUAAGGAGGACUUUUCACUGUUCCCCAAACCAGAUUCUGUCCAAGAAAGCGGAUCAGGCCUAAGUUUAAGAAAGUAUGGAAUUUACGACAUCAGGAAGACAGAGUAUGGAGAGCCCUUUAACCUUGAGGCUCAUUAUAAGUCCCGCCAUAUCUAUGGAUUCAUAACUUCUCCUGUCCUCCAUGUCUCCAGGUUUAUUACAGGAUACGGGCAGGAGAGCGGAAGCAUAACUGUUAAAUUUACAAACACAGGCUCUGAGGCUCUUACAUUAGUGUAUUUGGAGGUCUUACCAUGGUAUUUGCGACUGUUUCUUCACACGUCUCAUGACCAAGAUCAGCCAUUAUAUGUCUCUAAGCUAGCUACUGCCGUCGACCGUGAACGUGGCUGGCUUUAUGAAGCAGUGGUUGAAGUAGAUGGGAAAUCCACUGUAGAGUUAAGCCUAGAAUUUUCUCGGGCCCUUUUGAAAUGGCUGGAAUACCCACCAGAUGCAAACCAUGGAUUCUACAUACCAGCAGCAACUAUUUCAGCAGUUCUCCCAGCUCCCAAGAAUGUGUCAGUCAAUAAUCUUCGAGGAAGUAGUCUCAGAGAAAAGUUAGUUGUAGAGGAGGGAAAAAGCUUUAUUCGUAUUCAUACAGAAACUAUAUUGGUCAGUUUACCCACUCCUGACUUUUCCAUGCCGUAUAAUGUAAUCUGCCUGGCAUGUACUGUGGUGGCACUGGCGUUUGGACCCAUUCAUAAUAUUACUACUAAAAAGUUGGUACUUAAGAAGAUUGAAGGCAGUGAAUCUCCUCUUGCCCGACUGAUGAAAAAAGUGAAAAACGUCUUCAGGAGAGGUAAAAAGGAUGAAACUGAAGAACCAAAGAAAGAAGCCGUGGUUGUCGAAGAGAAUCCACUGUACGAAGAAAGAGAAGAAUUAGAAGAUAUAGAGGAAGAAGGGAGUGAGGAAGAUAAGUCGUGCUCCGAAGUCAACAGUUGAAGAAGUGCUUUAAUUUGAGUUAUAACUUGUCAGCAUCAAACAGGAAGAGAUUGUAUUUGAUGAGAGUUGCUGUUGAAUGUCACAGCUCAGGGAGGCGUCUUCAUAUGUUACUUAGUGGAGUGGUUUUUGCUGGGACCAUUGUAGGAGUCUGGAAAGAACUGGAUGCACGUUGAGACCCUUGAUGUUCUUAAUCUUUAUUUCAAGCAUUUGCAGUGCACUAACAUGAAGGGUAGUAUCUGUAAAUAUAACAAUUAUUGAUAAUUUUGUGAGUGCUUAGAUGCCAGAGAGCCUUUGGUUGUUAUUGAGAUUUAAUGCAGUUAAUGGAAGUACUACAUACCUGGAUAACACAAUAUGUAUACCAUGAGUUACUGAUAUCGGCCUGGUGUUCUGUACAGUGCAAUGAUAAUGUCUUAGAAGUUAUUUAUUGUGCAAAAAUAAGCUUUUGUGCUGGUUAGAUUGUUCAGUAAUUGCUGUGUGUAUUACUUUUAGUGGGCACUAAACCUUUUGGGUACAGGAUUACAAAUUAUAAGUGAAAUAUUUUCAUACAACAUUGUGUAUUUAUUUUCUUUUGUACAUUCCACUACACCAUUGGCAAUGUUGAAUGUCCAUUAUUCUUGUUCAGAAAACUUCAGUUGAACUGUUUUUCUUUUCUCCUGGCAGUGUAGAGUUGCUUAUUGUUUAUAGAUACAGUACAUAUUCAAGUGAUUUUUUUAUUGUAUUUUUACAGCAAACAGUGAUUGUGAGUACAUGUAAUGUGAUGCAUUUUGUAAAUGCAACUGUCAUUGAUUGUACUUAUUUUUAAAUACAAUUUCUUUAAAAAUG